GUCCAUCCCAUCUAUCCUCCUGUCUGUCUGUCUAUCCCAUCUAUCCUCCUGCCUGCCUGUCUGUCUACUUACCUAUAUCUAUAGCUGUCCCAUCCGUCUGUCUGUCCUCCUGUCGGUCUUUCUAUCUAUAUCUAUCCCGUCCGUCUGUCUCUUUAUCUUCUUGUCUAUCUGCCUCUCUAUAUCUGUCUAUCCUGUCUAUCUAUCUAUCCCAUCUAUCCUCCUGCCUGUCAGUCUAUCCAUCCGUCCCAUCCCUCUGCCCUCCUGCCUGUCUGUCUGUCUUAUUUAUCCUCCUGUCAGUCUGUCUCUCUCUCUCUUUCCUCCCCAACCUGGAGGGGUCUCCCCCUUCCCUAAUGGCUUCAGCUUAUCUGUAUCUUGGGCCUCAGUAUCCGUAAUCCUGCGGGUUUGGGAUUAUGGGAGGUAAAAGCCCGACACCUCUCCGCAGAAGCCUUGGGGCGUUCAUCCAUUUGGGCCUGGGAGGAGCUGAAGAGCAGAUAGGGCUCCUUGUCUAUUCUGUCUUUCCACGGUGGAUUUUAGAGUUUGGGCGGAGGUCCUUUCACAGACGACCUUUUCUGGGAUGCCCCUUCCCGCUUUUUGGCUUAGUCUCUCCUCCCUCCAAAUGGUAAAGACCGAAGACGUGCAAUUCAGCCAGGCAAGUGACUAGACGUUCAUGCUAAGCGCGUGCGUGGAUUGUCGCUGGUUUGGGGUUUGGCAAGCUUUUUAUCUGGGUGGGUUGCCUGGAGGUGAUUUUUGCUCCAGGUUAUAACCCUGUUUGGGAAUGUAGGAACCCUGUGGGAAUAAUUUUAUAACACCCCGGCUAAUCUCAUCCUCGCCUUUUUCCCUGGAGCGAGUUUCCUGCUCUUUCAGCUUUCUCGUCAAUCUCUUAGCUGUUCUUUGGCUUUUUGGUGCUUUGGCAACCAUAGUGUCUGUUUCUAUCAAGGCUUUAUCAAUGCAGUGGGAAUGCCUUGGGUAUUUAUACACCCACCAGUUAAUUCCAAACCUGCAGUGUCUUGCAUCAGAACUUCCUUUCUGGCUCGUCGGUCUGGUUUUGGUUCGCUUUCCCUGCAUUUGCCAUGCCUCUAAAGAUCCCUUUUCUCUCUCUUUUCCAAAGACGACUUCCUGUGGCUGCAGGUUGAGGCCUGCCUCCUUGAUCUAGCUGUGAAUUUCAUAGCCAGACUCAUCAGGUUGAGCAUCUAGCAGGAAUUGCCUUCCUAUUGCAUGUUGUUUAAGGAGAAAGAAUGAGGGGGCAGUCAUAAAAGGCAUGUUGAGACAAUGCCAGCACUGUGUGGGAAUUUGUUCCCUGUGAUCGCCCAGGUGCAACAGCAAUUGGGCAGGAUGAGUCCUGUGACUUCAGUCCACCAAAUUGCUUCUUGGAGGAGAGCUUCCGAGAAGCCCAAGAUGCCUGCAGACCUCCCUUUUGAAAUGGGUGUGCGCAGCUUAGACCCUGAAGGAAAGGCUAGCCAAGCCCAUGGAGGUGAAGUAAUGUUACAGGGCAGAUCGCUGUGGAAUGAGGGGAACCCCACCCAGAGGCGUCCUUGGUGCAUCAGGAAUGACAAGGCCUGUCAGGGCCAUGAUGCACGCAGUUACCCUGUGCAAAAUCAGGUUUGGCAGGAAACAACUGGUCUUGCUGGAUCUGAAGAGUCAGAGGUGGGAAGGGGGGCUUGUCUCCGGCAGCCGGGAUCAGUGAAUGUCGCUUGGCCUGUUCCUGAUCGUGCUACGACAGUUUUCUAGAAUAGGGAGCGGCAAGAGCGGUUUGGAGCCCGGCAGAGCGACACCCUGCUGAUUCUGUCCUUUCCAAGAUAGAGCAAGCCAGUUACGAAAAGGACAUGGAUGUUGACAUUUACCCAGUGCAGAAAUGAAAUAUCUCGGUCGUGGUGAAAAGAUGAUAUAUCUAGGCUGCGUUUGCCCAGCGUGCCUAAUUAAUAGCUGUGUUUGUGUCAUAUGCUGAGCUUUAACCUUGACUGGCUUUUCUGUGGCUUAGCUUAUAACAUGAGCCCAGCUAGUUUGAUUAGUUUAUGAUCCUGCACAAUCCAGAAAAUGGAUCAGUUCAGUAACUAAGCUGUUACCCAUACCCGGUGCAAAUAUUUUCCCUUGGUGUUCCCAGGAGACGAGGGGCUGUGUUGAAAACGCUUUGAGACUCAGUGUUUUCUAAACUUACAAUAAUGCCUUGGUUCUCCUAGGUGAAGACCUUCCCUUGGUAUUGUACUCUUUUUUCAUUCCUUUGCUCUGUGUGUUUGCAGAGCCUUCUCUGGGCUAAAUAGAAAAUAUUUCCUUUGCUUGUUCUCUGGAGAGGGCUGUCAGUCAGUCAGAACAGAGGUUCUUAGUUAAAGCAAGUUGAUUAUGUGCCCUGGAUACAAGAGCAGUUCUGGGGGCUGACAUCCUCCUUAUUCCAGGGUGGUGGGGAUUAUUUAUGUAUGUAUGCAUGUAUGCACGUAUGUAUUUGUUGCUAUUAGGCCAGGAUCUGAAAUCCCAAAGACUGUGUUUUAGAGCAGCAGACAAACCGCCUUGAAUGAGUUUCUGUGUAGAUGUUAACAGCAGUGGCUUUCAAUCUGUACAUCUGGAACCUAACAGACCGAUAUGAAAAUCUGUAAUAGUCAGUAUGUACCAAAGACAGCUAAUCUAUUAUCAGUCUCAGUGCAAGCCAAGCAGCCUGGCUGUGCCUUGUGUGAAUAAAGUAUUAACACUCUCAGAUACGCAGAUUCGGCAACAGGGAUUCUCCAGCAGACCCAACGUAUGUGGGAAGAUUCAGCAAUAAAUGCAGACUUCAAAAACAGAGACGUGCUGGCAGUGGGGACUAUGGCAGCUUUAGGAUUUGUACUUUGAAGACAAGAGGCCUUUGCGUUAUUCUCCUAAGAUCUGCCAAACUUCCAGGAAUUGCUGUUGCUGGUGAUGAAAGCAAGUCUUUCACAGUUAGUGCUGCAGGAAGAGAAUAACCAUUCAUUCAUUCAUUCGCUUCCCACCUCACUUUCUUCAAGUGAUUCUGGGCAGUGUACAACAAGGUUAAAAAAUAAUAAAUACAUUAAAAAGUAUAAAAAACUUUAAAAAAACCAAAAUCUGUGCCUUCUCAAACAGGCUUCUGUGGGGUACAGUGAAUGGGUAGAGACAGUCUGAUGUAAAGAUGCUGGUAAGUCUGCCACCAGCUUUUGGGAGGUACAACCUAGAACUCUGAUUGGAAGAAAAGAACAAAGAUGUUUUCCAUCUCCUUUUUCAUUUGGAUGCUCCAAUUUGGUGCAAGGACAGGUGGUUCCCCCCUCCCCCCCCCCCGAUACUGACCCUGUCUGUCUCGUUUAUUCUCCAGUUUAUUUGAUAACAAAAAAGAUGAUUUCUUGUGUCAGGAAUCAGAGGGUCCUUUCCACAUAUGUAGGACUGACCCUGCUAAUUGGGUGUUGGGCUCUGCACUUGUACGCUUCAGCCUGCCAAACUGGGUAAGCAAAAUUUUAAGCUUUUGCCCCGUGCUUGAAAUUGGUGGGUUUUUUGGGCCAUUUGGGCUCAUGUGGUGGAGACCAGCAAGGCAAGGGAAUUCGAAAUGCUGUUGGGAAGAAACAGGUAUAGAAGCUGCGGCUUCUUCAGGUAGAUUCACGUUUACGUUUUGCCACCAUCCUGUUGGAUCUGUUCCACUAUAGCAGGAAGUCCAAAGUGAAGCUGCUUAAGGCUGUUUUAAGAAGACUGAAUGAGGUUGACUUGGUCACUAGACCAUCACCAGCAUCAAUGCCGAGAAAGCUGCACAAGUUGCUGGUCAGUUUCCAAAGCCAGUUUUGUUUGGGGGGCGUUCGGUUGUUGGGGGUUUUAUUAUGCACAGCACAAACUCCUUAACUUAAUUUGUCGCACGGGCAACUUGCUGCAAGCCUUCCAUGCAGCUUUACAAAAUUCUCCUGUGAACACAAAGAACCCAACGGUAAAGGAGCAGGCCCAGGAAGUGGUGCUGAAGGUCCUCACGGCCUUCAAAAGCAGCGAGAUAGAACAGGCAGUGAAUUCUUUAGACAGCAAUGGUAUUGACUUGUUAAUGAAGUACAUUUAUAAAGGAUUUGAAAAGCCAACGGAAAAUAGCAGUGCAAUACUACUUCAGUGGCAUGAAAAGGCAUUAGCAGUAGGUGGACUUGGAUCAAUAGUCAGGGUUCUUACUGCACGAAAAACGGUUUAAAAGGCUGUGGUCACUCGAAUUGAGACACGAAGAACUCUUUUGGGAGCCAGGAAGAGCCUCCAUGUUUUGGUCACUCCGCUAGGAACGGCAGCCACCCGAAACACUGUGGGGGAAGGAGGGAGCAUCUCUUCUUCUACCCUCAGAGCCACCCAGAUGGGAGACAAAGCCCGUGCGCUCGUUUUCUGACAGACUCAGAGCUGGGAGGGGAGGCAGCCUGCAAUUUGUGAGGCAAAGGGAGAUGGGGGUGUGAUUUGCGCUUUGCAACCAGAUGCCCGUUUCCAGAACGGCGGCUGCUCUGGCUCAGUGGAUGUGUGUGUGUGCGUGUGUGUGUGAAAUUUUAAUUUAAAUGUAACACAUUUGCGGUGUCGGGGGCAUGGGGGGGGCGGCAGCUACUGUGUCAGGAGCAAAAGGUUGGCCUGGUUUGAGGGUGUAGGGGAAGGCGUUCUUAUGCAAGGGGGCUUUUUGUACAUAGUUAAGAAUAGCUGGGCUCAGUACAGAUGUUGGUUUCAUGUAAAGUGCCUGCUGCUCUUAUCAAAAUAAAGUUCUUGGAUGGUUAGUUUAA